AUGCAUCCGCGUCGAGUAGCGCUAUAUCUGUAUUUCAGUGUAUGCCGCAAUCCGACUAGUCGUAAAGCUAGGUUAAUGGCUGUUUUAAAACUUCUGUGCGCGUUAUUAUUGACGUCUAUUUUAUGUUUCGGCCUUAUUCUCAGUGAAGCAAAUGGACCUAGAGUUACUGACAAAGUGUUCUUCGAUAUUGAAGUCGAUCAUAAGCCACUUGGUCGAAUAGUUAUCGGAUUGUUUGGUAAAACAGUGCCUAAGACAGUUGAAAACUUCAAGCAAAUUGCAAUUGGCACUCAACUGAAGGAUGGUCGAACUGCUUCAUACAAAGGAAGCGGUUUUCAUCGUGUCAUUAAGUCAUUCAUGAUACAAGGUGGAGACUUCACAAACCACGAUGGAACUGGAGGUUUUAGUAUAUAUGGUGAUAGGUUCCCUGAUGAAAACUUCAAAUUGAGACAUGUCGGUGCAGGGUGGUUGUCAAUGGCAAAUGCUGGUCCUGACUCAAAUGGAAGUCAGUUCUUCAUUACGACCGUAAAGACAUCAUGGUUAGAUGGAAAACAUGUUGUUUUCGGAAAGGUUGUAGAAGGAAUGAAUAUUGUUAGACAGAUUGAAAAUGAAACGACGGAUUCGAGAGAUAGACCUGUUAAGAGCAUCAAAAUAGCAAAUUGUGGACACAUUCCUGUGGAGAUUCCGUUUUCGGUAACCAACGAUGAUGCUGUAGAAUAA